AGCAAAGCCCAGACUCAAUCCCUCUGAAUUGAAUCUGCACAGUAUCACCUGGAGACUUUCCAUUAGCUUGAGUAAAAACCAGUGCUGAUGACAGGAUGGAGGCCUGGUGCAGCAGUACUUCUGCUGCCGGUCACCCUGCUGCUGUCCUGGGCACACAGCUCCUCAGCAUGGACAUGUGGCCAAAAAAGAAGUACCAAACCUGAGAAGUCAGAAAUUUUGGAAAUCACCGGUGGGGAACCUGCAAACAUAAGAGAUUGUCCAUGGCAGGUGGGUAUUCUUUACCAAGGGAGACAUCUCUGUGGAGGAUCAAUCCUCAGCGAGUGGUGGAUUUUAACUGCGGCCCAUUGCUUCAUAAACAGAAGUAAUUUUGAGAUAAUAUCUGACUUGGAGAUUGUACAUGGUGAAGGAAACAUUGAUACCAAGAACUUGAUGAGGAUGAAUGUGGACAAGUCAAUUAUUCACCCUUAUUUUGACAGCUGGCUCUUGGAUAAUGACAUUGCUUUGCUCUUACUCAAAUCUCCACUUAAAUUGGGUGUCAAGGCAGUACCCAUCUGUCUUUCAGAGGUCACUGACAUACAGAAAUGGAGAAACUGCUGGGUGACCGGAUGGGGCAUUACCACUACUAGGCACAGUAUGACUUCAGAGCUGCAAAAAGUUAACAUCAAACUCAUCAAAUGGAAAACAUGCUCCCAUAUUAUGCCUAUAUUCACCAGGAACAUGCUGUGUGCUGGAAGCCCCCAAGGUGGGAAGGACGCCUGCCAGGGUGACAGCGGAGGUCCUCUGGUUUGCCAGAAAAAAACCAACCAAGGCAUAUGGUACCAGCUAGGCAUUGUCAGCUGGGGAGUGGGCUGUGGCCGGAAGAGGCUGCCUGGAGUGUACACGAAGGUGUCUAAUUACCUGUCAUGGAUUGACACAGAGACUGCGAAGUCAGGAAAGCCCUACGUGCAUGAGCGAGACUCUGGCUAAUUCCUGAGACCUAUAAAUUUGGACUUCAGAAAGAUCCUGUCACUUCCAUACCUACCACCUGGUCCAGAGCCUCAGUAAAUACUGCUUUGAGCUCUCAAAGAUCAUGUGCAACAAUGCUAUGAUUCAGGAUCAGGAAAUCAUUGAAGUAGAAAUGUCCUAAAGAUGAGGUGGGAAAGAUACACAUAGCUAAAUGAGUUGUAGUAGUCAAGAUACUUUUGAAUGCAAACAUCAGAAACUCAACCUGAAGCAAAAAAAAAAAAAAAGGAAAUGAUAAAUAUACUGGGGUAGCACAGAAUCAAAGGGAUUACUGUUCUAGUAAACAGAUUUGAUAACAGAUAACAGA